AUGCCAGCUGCACUGACGGAAGGGUGUGAUCCAUUCUUGUCAAAGAGGACAGUGCACCUUUUGUGGACGCAAUGGCAAGCUGGAUUGUUACAGCGCUUGAAUGAAGAGGUGAAAGGCACGCCCAAUGCGACGGAGUCUGUCGUCGAGACAGUGAUGAAUACAGCGCGUGACCGAGAAAAGAUCCUCAUGUUCAACUAUGCUUCGCUGGCACUCAACACGAGUUUUUUCCUCUCGAGUCUGGUGCCCCACGCUGCUCAGUCGGUGCAGGCAUACCCACAGCCAUCGACACACAUGGGUGCCGUUCCGACGUUCUACGGCAAGACACUUGCGACGGCAAUCGCAGACCAGUUUGGAUCGCUUCCGCAGCUCAAGCUGGCAGUCUCGUCAGCGGCUAUGGGCAUGGUCUCGAGUGGAUGGAUCUGGCUUGUGAAAGACGAUCAUGGACGCUUGGGCAUUGUCCCGACGUAUGGUGCAAGCACUGUGCUAGUGCACCAACGACGGCAGUGUGGACCGAGUGACCUUGUCACCACCGUGCAAGAUGGCCAGACGUCGAGCGAUGCCGCGACGCCAGCGACGACGCCAGCAUCGAAUGAGUCAACAAGCGCCACGACGCCAGCGCAAGAACUACGUGCAUCCGCACCGAAUCGUUUCGACAGCCUCUCCCGAAGCUCAGCAGCCGGUGCAAUUGGGCAUCAUUUAUACCCCUUGUUCUGCAUAAGCAUGUUUGAACAUGCAUGGCUGGGCGACUAUGGCUUUUGGGGCAAGGAACGUUACUUGACGCACUUUUGGGACUGUCUGCACUGGGAGCGUGUUGAGCGUCUUUGGGGCGACGAUCGUGCUUAG